ACCACCACCACCACCGUCGCUUGAUUCCCCUACCAUGGCGAACAGCGACAUGGACAUGACCAAGCUGGGCAACGGGCCUCGCGCCCGUCGGACCUCGCGCGGCCUCGAACGCUCGCGUGCUCACCUGCGCCAACACCGCUCUCGCACUGGGUCGGAGGAAGAGAAGCAAAACAUCAACACCCUCUCCUGGGUCAAGUUCAGCCUCCUCCUGGCCUUUGAUGUCACCAUGAUCGGCAUCAACACUUGCAUCUGGACCCUGGCCUCGGUCUUCCUCUUUUGCUUCUCCAAGUGCCACGACUGGCUCCUCAUGAAGCUGGUCGGCGUCAACUACCUCUACAACGUCUCCUGGGAAGACCCCCGUGUCGAUCGCACCGCCCUCAAGCUUCAUGAGGGUGACCACGUUCUCACCAUCGCCUCUGCUGGUGAUAAUGUUCUUGAUUUCAUCAUUGACGGCGCCAAGGUGACUGCUGUGGACCUCAAUGCUUGCCAGUUGGCGCUCUGCUCCCUUAAGCGUGCGGCCAUCCUCGAGCUCAACCACGAUGAAUUCUUUCGCAUCUUCGCCAAGCAAGACAUGGAUCUCCUGCGCAACAAGUAUCACCUGCUCAAAAAGCACAUGGACGCCAACGCCAUCAAGUUUUGGGACAGCAAGCUGCCUAGCUUCUCUGGCUUCAUGUACAGCGGCUCCUCGGGCUGGCUUGCCUUCUUCCUUUUUCGUGUCCUCUUCCCGGUGACUGGCUUCUCCUGGAUCCGGGCCGCUCUUGUGGAGGGUGUCUCGCAGGAUGACUUCCGCCGCCGCGUCAAGAACCACGAAGCCCGCCUCGAGUGGCUCGCCUGGAUCGCCGACUCAGUCCUCAUGCCCAUCUUUGCACCCCUCGCCGGUGUGCCCGAGGCUCAACUCAACCUGGGCAUGUCCCGCGAGGGCAACGUUCACACCAUCAUGGAGCGUGUCUUUCUCAACACUGAUCUGGUUGAGGACAACUACUUUUUCUACGGCUAUAUCGUGGGCGAGUACUCGGAGCGCUGCUGCCCCCGCUACCUCAAGGCCGAGCACUUUAGUACCCUGAAGCGCGCCAUGGCUGGUGGCAAGCUCAUUCUCUACCAUGGAACUCUCGCCGACCGCCUUCGCCUGGACGCUCAGGUGGCCAAGCCUCCCAGCUACACGGCUGCCAUCAUGCUUGACCACCUCGAUUGGAUGGAUGACAUGAUGGUCAACGAGGAGCUCUCUCUUCUCUGGCCGCUCCUCAACAACGACACCGGCCGCGUCCUCUGGCGCUCCUUUAGCGACGAGCCUCAUCGCGCCGCUCUCAAGCAUCUCAGUGCCGAGAAGGUGGACAACGGUUCGGGCGACCGCACCGGCAUGUACUGGGGUGUCUGGGUCGCUGGCAAGAACACCUGUGGCAACCACCCCGAGCUCACCAGCCCCGGCUUGUUCUGGCAAGAGCAGCAGCCCAUGUCCCUGGUGGACAAGGUUGUUACGGGUGCCAAGAUUGUCACCUUUCCCGUCCUCAGUCCAGUCCUCAGCAUGGCCAGCAAUGCUGCUGCUCGGCUGACGGGUGUCUCCAAGGAGGAUCUGACCAACAAUGCCCAUGCCAAGAAGAUUGAGGCAUUUUACGCCUCACAGGCUGAUGCUUAUGACGCCUUCCGGGAGAACUUCCUCCACGCUCGCGUCCACCUUGCCACCUGCCUGCCUCUGCCCCCGGGCGAGCUCACCUGGGUAGAUGUGGGUGCCGGCACGGCGCGCAAUCUCGAGUUUUUCCCCGUCGACACUCUCAAGCGCCGUUUUAAGAAGAUUUACAUUCUUGACAUCUCCGCUUCCCUUCUGGACGUCGCGCGCCGGCGUGUCGAGGCCGCUGGCCUCAGCGACGUGGUUGAGCUGGUCCUCGCUGACUUUACUGAUCUCUCUGACAAGGGCAAGAGUGCGCUGCCAGCACCAGGUAGUGUCGACCUCGUCACGUUCAGUUAUUCACUUUCCAUGAUUCCGGACAAGCGAAGCGCGCUCCAGCAAGCCACUCGCCUGCUGGCGCCAGGCGGUUCGCUGGGCAUUGCUGACUUUUUCUACCGUAAUGAUUCCGACACCUACAAGGACAAGCCCGUCAGCAAGUGGAUCAGUCAUGUCUAUGAUCUGGGAUGCAAGCUGUGGUUUCGCCAGGACGGAGUGCAUCUGCUCUCCAACGAUGUGCUUGAUACACUCAACGACUCAACGGAACUGACCUGCGCAGAGCGCUUCCGAGGCUCGGUGCCUCUGCUCCCGAUCCUCAACCCUUGGCACGGUAUUCACAUCACCCGCAAGUUGUCGGCAAAGGAUCGUGAAGUGUUUACGGACUCGGCCGCCAGCUCCGUGGCUUCUAUUGUUGAGGAGGAGGAGGAAGAGAACAGCCUCGACGCGGAAUCAAAGCCCAAGCCCAUGAAUGGUCAUGCCACGGGCAAGGGCAAGGGCAAGGGCAAGAAGAAUAAGUCCAAGUGAUCACCUUAGCACAUCACUGUCGCAUCCAGCACUCGACGCAUGACACGCAUGAGCAUCCUGUGGGCCUUAUUUCCUGUGCUCACGUUUGGUCUUCGCUGCUCACUCAAGCGGCGAGUGCGCUCUCCUCCAAUUGAUUUUGCCACUUUG